UAACCCCAACAUCCAAGGUCCUCCACAUAGCAUGAUGAUAUCCUACUCAGUUGACGGCGCCGCCGCCAGUGUCACCACCGUCGACUGCCAGAAACAAGUACGGUCAUGGCGGCUCCUCCGCGCCAUCGCCGAGCUCCUCCUCCCCACCUGCAGCAACUGCAUUGUCACGCAAGAAAACCAAGAAACUCUAGGCAAAACCUACUCCCCGAAAUACUCCUCCACCAUCACCGGCACGCUCUUUGGCUACCGUCGGGGAAAAGUCAGCUUCUGCAUCCAAACAAACCCUAAAUCAAUAUCACCAAUCCUCCUGCUAGAACUUGCAAUCCCCACGAAUGUUCUUGCCAAGGAAAUGAAAGGAGGGUCGGUUCGGUUCGCCUUCGAGGGUAAACGGAGCAUGGACUCAGACUCGGACUCGGGUUCGGGUUCGCUCUUGUCCAUGCCUUCGUGGACAAUGUAUUUCAAUGGAAGAAAAGUAGGGUUUGCUGUGAAGAGGAAGCCAUCAAGGGCUGAUAUGGAGGUGUUGCAGCAAAUCGAGACGGUGGCCGUCGGCGCAGGCAUCACAAGAGUUGAGCAUGAUGUUAUGUAUCUGAGAGGGAAGUUUGGGAGGUUCCAUGGAUCAGCAAAUUCUGAGUCCUUUCAUUUGAUUGAUCCUGAUGGAAAUAACAAUGGGCAGGAGCUAAGUUUUUACUUCCUUCGAUCACGUUGAAUAACUAAUUUCUGGAUUAUGAUCAGAACUAUUGUAAUUUCAUCCUUUUUUUUUUUUUUUUUUUUGGGGACUGCCACCCAUUUUUUGAGCUUUGCUUUUUGCAUGGCUUUAAUCCAUGUACUUGUGGCUUGGGUGUGCUAGCAACCAAAUUUCAGUUAAAAAAGUGAAUGGUUUAUUAUGGAGUGACGUCUCUCUUUUUAUUUCAUAUGUAUAUAGUAUUG